AGAAGAGCAAUUUCGAAGUACUGAAUAGAGCAAGAAAGUACAUGGAGUGGAUGCGAAAAAAUUGGCAUGAACGAGCGGUGAACGCCAGAAACGAAGCAGUGUUUUACGCUCAUGUCGCUUCUAGUACUCUUUUGUAUCAUUUCUCUCCACGUAGUACCUUGACUGUUGUCUAGAAGAGUGGCACUGUGGCACUGUUGUACAAAAGAUGAAUUAUACUAUUUUUUUGUCUCUACGGUGGCCAUUUUGUCUCUACGGAAGCCGGCUGGCUUUUCGGCCGAAUGUACGGCCCUAUGCGCCCCCAGUAUGUAAAUUGUUUGAUUAUGCAACACGCAUGUUUAAGGGAUUAAUAGGGCGGCGGCAUAUAGUCCUAACGCAAAGAAAAAAAACUCUGCGGUGGUCGGUACUGACUUCAGCGAUCAAUCAACAACUGAUGACUCAUUAUUAUAGAGAGUAGAAGCCCACUUGAAGGGCAGCCGGUAGCUACGCGGAAAAUAUGUAGGCAGGUCCUUCACGGAACUCGCUUGCGAUACAAAAAAUUGAAUUGAAUAGAGAGCGCUUUUGCUAUUAUUUCUGUUCCUAGGUAGGUGCCCUCCUACUCUCAUAGAUAGUGGUUGGAGGUACAAUCUAAUUUGCGAGCCGCCCGCUCCUUUGGAUGAAGGAGGGGAGCGAGUGUACUGCAAGUGAUGGGAACCGGGGACGCUGCGUUGUUCGGACAGCCGAUGCUGACAAUAACCCCCUGGGGUGCAAAAGGGUUGUGUGUGCAACAGACGUAUUAUUUUCAUUUAGACUGGAACAGGCAAAACUAGGCAACACUUGUACAUCAAGGGGAACAACUUUUAACUAUUAUUUCAAAUUUAGACCUUAAAGAGUGGAGUCCUAGUUAUGCCUCAUUUUGGUUUCUUUUACGCUCUACACUGACUUCAAGAACAAAGUAAGUAGUACAGUUAUACAUCAAUCUUUUUCAUGCUGAUUUCUUUUGUUUCUAAUUACUGG